AUGGAAAGCGGUACCGAGGACAGUUGCUCCAUCAGCGUUAGAUCUAGAACAGCCAGUAUAAACUCACAAGCUUAUGCUAUUCCCGAAACCAACGUAGAUGCUUCACAUUUGGAUGACAGCAGCAGCGAAGAUCCUGAAGAUGACGGUACCAGUGAGGAUGCCUUUUUGGAUCAGCUUGUCCCUGAAACAAGUAAUGCAUUUUUGAUAGGACAACCCGAUACUCCUAUGUUUGAUUCGUCAAAGUAUAUUUUCCAAUCAUUGGUCCAGUCGCUGAAUUCCGUUGACUUUUCAGAGGCGAUAGCAUUACAAACCAGAACAUCCGGCUUAAUCAAUUCGAAAAGUAGAGAGAUUAAGAAGCUGGUUACAGAUGUUCAAGAACGCCUGAAAUAUUUAGAAACGAGGUUUGAGAGAGGUGCAAAAACAUCGAGCAGAAUAAAACAUAAUUUAAAGCAGUUCACCCAUCAAGUGGAGCAGAUUAACGCGGCAUUCGAAACUGAUUAUCCAAUAGAGUUCAAUCAAGCCAAAGAAAAAGUUUAUGAGAGAAACUUCGAUGAUUAG